CGAGGCGGCUGGUCAGGGCCCGCCAGGAGCAGCGGUGCCGGUGCUUCUCGGAGGGUUGGGCCGCCAAGGCGGCGCUGCUGACCGAGGCGGAGCGGGUCCGCGACGCCCAGCAGCGCGCGGCCGUGGAGCGCAGCCUGCGGAAGCAGCAGGAGGACGCCAAGAAGGUCGAGCGCAAGCGCGCGCUGCUGGAUGCGGAGGUGCGCCGGCUCCAGAGCCAGAGCGGCUAUUGGGAGUCCCGUCUCGAGCAGGUGAGGUAUUUCGACGCCCUCGUGGACUCGGCGUCCGCAGAGGUCUCCGGCGCGCUGCGCAGGGCGGCCUCUGAGCCCUCGCUCUCCUCGUUCCGCGCCAACGUCACCGGCUCGCCCUGACGCCGCCCCGCGGGGUGCCGUGUUGCCCACCCCCCGAGGGCCCUGCUGCCCUCCGCUCCCGGGUGCACGGGCGACCCUCCAGUUCCCAGCGGGUUCUUGGAGGUCGCGGUGAGCCGCACCACGGCUCGCUGUGACCAGGUAGAGGGCAUGAUGCAGCGCCGCUGCUGAAAUUCCGCCUGACACCAUUGUCGAGAUUCCCACGCAUGCUGCACAUGCGUUUCACCCCUGGUUUCACCCCUUCGCUAUUCCUCCUCCUCAUUCCUCCUCCUCCUCCUCCUCCUUUCCCUCCUCCUCCUCCUCCUCCUUUCCCUCCUCCUCCUCCUCCUCCUCCUCCUCCUCUGGACCCGUGGCCGUGCAGGUCCGCCGCGCGGGCGCCGCAGAGUGGAGCCGACGUGCACCGUCGCGGCCGCCUCGCGGAGCAGCUCCUCGCGGCUCGCCGGCGCGCCUGCUUUCAAGAAAGGUCGGGG